GCAGGCAUCAUCGGCGCGGUGGGCAACAACCGGCUGGGCGUGGCGGGCGUGACAUGGGCCAUCAAGCUGCUCGUGUGCCGCUUCAUCUGGAACGACGGCUCCGGCUACGUGUCGGACGCCAUGAACUGCAUCAAGCUGUGCAAGCAGGAGGGCGCCCUCAUCACCUCCAACUCCUGGGGAGGCAUCGGGUACUCCAGCUUCCUGGAGCGCGAGAUCGCCUCCUCCCAGUCCGCGGGCCAGCUGUUCGUGGUGGCCUCGGGCAACUCGGGCGUCAACCUGGACGACGUGCCCCUGUACCCCACAUCCUACAAGAGCGACAACAUGAUCAGCGUGGCCUCCUCGGGCAAGGAAGACUUCGUCUCCUCCUUCUCCAACAUCGGCCUAGGCACUGUGCACAUGCUGGCCCCCGGGGAGGGCAUCUUCUCCACCUUCAUGGACGGAGCCUACAAGCUGAUGUGGGGCACCUCCAUGGCGUGCCCCAUGGUGGCGGGC